GCCUAAAGAAAUCAAACUUUUGUCCUUUCGAUUUCUUCAUCCACUUCUCCUUUUUUUAAAUCCCCUGUUUUAGGGUUGUUUAGCAACCUAAUUGAGAAAACCAAUCAAAAACCCACUUUUUGAGUCGUGAAAGUUGCUUCUUUGAAGCUAAUAGAAGUAUUGAUUUUGAUGGCGAAGAUACUUUUUAUCGGUGGCAUCGCUUGCUGUGCGGCUGCUCCUGUUUUUUCCAUAAUCGGCAGAGCAGAAGAGAGGAAUGCAGAAAUUCUUAAAUCCGUUACUCGGGUCCGGCACCUGAAGGACCUAGCACAAUUGCUGGAUGCAGAAAGAUCACCCUUGGUUGUUACAGUUUCUGGCAACGUUGUUUCUGAAACCCCAAUUGAGUGCCAGAUGACUCGUUUAAGCGGUGUUAUAGUAGUAGAAAGUGUUGAGAAACUUAUUCUUCAGAAGGAUGAUGCUACUGAGCGAAAAAUGAAAUGCAAAGAUGAUGAUGAUUCCUGGACACUAAGUUCUAAGAUAAUAUCAUCCAUUCCUAAAGAAGUUCCAUGGUAUCUGGAUGACGGGACUGAUCGUGUAUGUGUGGUUGGAGCUCGUGAUGCCACUGGUUUUGUAUUACCUGUUAGAAACUCAACAUUUAAAGAAUCAGGCGAGAAAAUUGUACUUAAAACCUUUGGUGAUUGCAAACCUAAAAAGACGAUUGGUUUCAAGAGGAUUGAACGAGUACUUCCAGUUGGAACUUCCUUGAAUGUUGUUGGUGAGGCCUCUAAAGAUGAUGACGGGACUGUUCGAAUUCAGCGACCUCGCAAUGGUCCAUUUUAUGUCUCUUCCAUCACGAUUGAUGAACAUACUACAAAAUUUCUGGAUUCUUCAAGGUGGUACAAGAAAACUUCUGAGUUCCUAACAGUGUUUGGUGCUAGUAUAAUAGUCCUAAGUGCUACUUCCUACAUCUUGGAAAAGGUUGCAUAGUUGAUUAUCGCUGGAUUUUAGAUUUUUCUUCCUUUUGAUUUGAUAGGCUUUAGUUUGUGUGGCGUUUAAUAUUUUGUAUGAUGAGAUACUGGAAUAGAAGUUGUCUUUCACUUUUAA